GGGCGGUAGGAGGAGCGGACUGGGCAGCCGGCUUUCGGGACUGCAGGCUUCGGCGGCGCCGAGGGGCGCUCCUAGUGCAGCCUUCCCGGCUCGGGGCUUUCCUGCCGAGGCGCCCGUGUCCCCGGGCUCCUCGCCUCGGCCCCCAGCGGCCCCGAUGCCGAGGCAUGGAUAGAGCGGCGUUGCGCGCGGCAGCGAUGGGCGAGAAGAAGGAGGGCGGUGGCGGGGGCGCCGCGGCGGCCGCGGACGGGGGCGCAGGGGCCGCCGCCAGUCGAGCGCUGCAGCAGUGCGGCCAGCUGCAGAAGCUCAUCGAUAUCUCUAUCAGCAGUCUGCGCGGGCUGCGCACCAAGUGCUCGGUGUCCAAUGACCUCACGCAGCAGGAGAUCCGGACCCUAGAGGCAAAGCUGGUGCGGUACAUCUGCAAGCAGCGGCAGAGCAAGCUGAGCGUGACCCCGAGCGACCGGACUCCAGAGCUCAACAGCUACCCGCGCUUCAGUGACUGGCUGUACAUCUUCAACGUGAGCCCAGAAGUGGUGCAGGAGAUCCCCCAAGAGCUCACACUGGAUGCUCUGCUGGAGAUGGACGAAGCCAAAGCCAAGGAGAUGCUGCGGCGCUGGGGGGCCAGCGCUGAGGAGUGCAGCCGCCUACAGCAAGCUCUCACAUGCCUUCGGAAGGUGACUGGCCUCGGAGGGGAGCACAAAGAGGACUCUGGUUGGAGUUCGGCAGAUGCACGAGAAAGUAACUCCGGGCCUUCAGUGGACAUGCUCUCCUUGCUAGGCAGAGCUGGUGCCAGCACUCAGGGCCCCCGUUCCGUCUCCGUGUCUGCCCUGCCUGCCUCAGACUCUCCAGUCCCUGGCCUCAGUGAAGGCCUCUCGGACACCUGUAUCCCCUUGCACACCAGUGGCCGGCUAACCCCCCGGGCCCUGCACAGCUUCAUCACGCCCCCUACCACACCCCAGCUACGACGGCAUGCCAAGCUGAAGCCACCAAGGACACCCCCACCGCCAAGCCGCAAGGUCUUCCAGCUGCUCCCCAGCUUCCCCACACUCACACGGAGCAAGUCCCACGAGUCCCAGCUGGGAAACCGAAUUGAUGAAGUCACCCCGAUGAGGUUUGAACUCCCUCAUGGAUCCCCACAGCUGGUACGAAGGGAUAUCGGGCUCCCAGUGACACACAGGUUCUCCACAAAGUCAUGGUUGUCACAGGUCUGCAAUGUGUGCCAGAAGAGCAUGAUGUUCGGUGUGAAGUGCAAACACUGCAGGUUAAAAUGUCACAACAAGUGCACAAAGGAAGCUCCCGCCUGCAGAAUCUCCUUCCUCCCACUAGCCAGGCUUCGGAGGACAGAGUCUGUCCCCUCAGAUAUCAACAACCCAGUGGACAGAGCAGCAGAGCCCCAUUUUGGAACCCUUCCCAAGGCCCUGACAAAGAAGGAGCACCCUCCGGCCAUGAACCUGGACUCCAGCAGCAACCCAUCCUCUACCACGUCCUCCACACCCUCAUCCCCAGCGCCUUUCCUGACCUCAUCUAACCCCUCCAGUGCCACCACGCCCCCCAACCCAUCACCUGGCCAGCGAGACAGCAGGUUCAGCUUCCCAGCUGCCUACUUCAUUCAUCAUAGACAGCAGUUUAUCUUUCCAGACAUUUCAGCCUGUCCUCAGGCAGCCCCGCUGCCCAGCACAGCUGACAGUACUCGGCUCGACGACCAGCCCAAAACAGAUGUGCUGGGUGUUCACGAUGCAGAGGCCGAGGAGCCUGAGGCUGGCAAGUCAGAGGCAGAAGAUGAUGAGGACGAGUUGGAUGACCUCCCCAGCUCCCGUCGGCCCUGGCGGGGCCCCAUCUCUCGAAAAGCCAGCCAGACCAGCGUCUACCUGCAAGAGUGGGACAUCCCCUUUGAACAGGUGGACCUGGGCGAGCCCAUUGGGCAGGGCCGCUGGGGCCGGGUGCACCGAGGCCGUUGGCAUGGCGAGGUGGCCAUUCGGCUGCUGGAGAUGGACGGCCACAACCAGGACCACCUGAAGCUGUUCAAGAAAGAGGUGAUGAACUACCGGCAGACCCGGCAUGAGAACGUGGUGCUCUUCAUGGGGGCCUGCAUGAACCCACCUCACCUGGCCAUUAUCACCAGCUUCUGCAAGGGGCGAACAUUGCAUUCAUUCGUGAGGGACCCCAAGACGUCUCUGGACAUCAACAAGACUAGGCAGAUCGCCCAGGAGAUCAUCAAGGGCAUGGGGUAUCUUCACGCAAAGGGCAUUGUGCACAAGGACCUCAAGUCCAAGAACGUCUUCUAUGACAAUGGCAAAGUGGUCAUCACAGACUUUGGGCUGUUUGGGAUCUCCGGCGUGGUCCGAGAGGAACGGCGUGAGAACCAACUGAAACUGUCACAUGACUGGCUGUGCUACCUGGCCCCCGAGAUUGUACGAGAAAUGAUACCGGGAAGGGAUGAGGACCAGCUACCCUUCUCCAAAGCCGCUGAUGUCUAUGCAUUUGGGACUGUGUGGUAUGAACUACAGGCAAGAGACUGGCCCUUUAAGCACCAGCCUGCCGAGGCCUUGAUCUGGCAGAUUGGAAGUGGGGAAGGAGUAAGGCGUGUCCUGGCAUCCGUCAGCCUGGGGAAGGAAGUUGGCGAGAUCUUGUCUGCCUGCUGGGCUUUCGACCUGCAGGAGAGACCCAGCUUCAGCCUGCUGAUGGACAUGCUGGAGAAGCUGCCCAAGCUGAACCGGCGGCUCUCCCACCCUGGGCACUUUUGGAAGUCGGCUGACAUUAGCAGCAGCAAAGUCAUGCCUCGCUUUGAAAGGUUUGGCCUGGGGACCCUGGAGUCCAGUAAUCCAAAGAUGUAGCCAGCCAUGCACGUUCAUGCAGAGAGUGUCUUCCUUUCCGAAACACGAUUAUGAAACAUGCAAACCACCACCACCACAAGGAAUCGGAAGCCCAAGCUGUGGACUAGGAACGUGACUCCUCCAUGAAGAACGUGUGUUGCCAAGGUGUAUGGGAUCACCGCCGUACACGCGGCUCCAGAUGCUACAACUACAGCCAGUGUUUACACAGAGGUUUCUGCCCCGCAAGCUUGGUGUUUUACAGUAGGUAAAGAUAAUUCUGCAGAAGGUGCUGGCACUGUGGAGCAGCAGGAAUGCCCCCAAGCCCCUUCUGGAAGGCCCUGCAGCAGUGAGGGGCUCAGGGUUAAGCCAAACAGAAGAAGAAAAUCAGCAUGAAUGUGACUGUGCUGGGAGGAGGGCACAUGGCAGCUUUGCCUUGGCCUGUGCUUGGGUCCUGAACCACACUAAGGAGCAGCAGCCUUGCUUAGAAAUCUGUCUGGACUAUGGGGGGGUCAGAGUUCCCGGAGAGUUGGAUUUAGUUUCUGCUCUGAUCCAGGCUUGGUGUGCUUUAAAAAACAAAACAAAACAAAAAACCGUACAGACAGAAUCUGUGUGGCUUCUAGACUGAUCUGAUGGAUCUUAACCCAGCUUCUACUGCAGGCUGAGGGAAUAGCCACACAUCUGUGGAGAUACCCACUUCUUAUCUGAGACCUCCAGGUAGGCACAAAGGCUGUGGAACUCAGCCUCUAUCAUCAGACACCCCCAGUGCCUCAUUCACUUUUCCCCCCAGAGCCGAGGGCUAGCCCAUUAUAUGUGAGUUCUUGGUUAAGGAGAACAGGGACGGUGGCAGAUGCAGCCUGCAGCAGUGGCCCUAGCACCUUAAAGUUCAUUGUCUGUCACACCAGAAGGUUCUAGACCUACCACCACGUCCCCCUCCCCAUCUCGGGGGAGCCCUUUAGCCCAUUCUGACCCCUGUGUGUGCUCUGAGCUCAGAUCUGGGCAUGAGACCAUCCAGGCACAUCAGUUAGGUAAGCUUUGAUCUGAGCCUCAGACCUCUGUUUGUUCCUGUGAGCAGGAGGGGAUGGACUGGGGAAGUCAGGAAUCGGAGACUACCCAGCAGGGCAAUCCCUGAGCAGAGAGGGUAGGCAGCAUCAGACUCUACAACCAGAGGAGGGAAGAAAUGGGGGUGGAGUGGAGACAGGGUUGGAUUCAGACCCACAGGCUGAGUCCCACUGUGAGUGGCCACCCAGCUCCCUCUCAGUUAUAGUCCCAGUAAAGCCACAGUUUUCAGAGCUUUCGCUAACACCAAGUCUGGUCCAGGUGUCUCUUAAAACAGGCCACUCUCUGAAAUGUCGUAGAAACUCUUCCGUCCCCCAGCACAUGCCAGGACAGUAGCAUCUUGACCCUGCCUCAGAGUAGGGAGGAAGAGCCACGAGCCUCUGCUCAGCUUCGUACGGGCUGUCCAGUCAUUUCUCUACCCGUUCAGCUUUCCACAUCUGCCUUGAUGUGACCUCCCUACUCCAAAACCAAGUUGCGUGUGCCCACGGCCUCUGGCAGUCUCCUGUCUGCGCCCUCCCAGAGGCCACAGCGCCCGAGGCUCUGGCCAGUCUCUCACUGUGUGAAUGUUGUGAUGUCUGCCUCACCUCAUGGUAGAAUGGGAGCAAUCAGGCUGCCAGCUGAGUUAACCCUAUCAGUUAUCCCCUGACACCAAAUCACAACGGGCGGCACCUGGCCCACUGACAGCAAGCCUGGGUCUUGCUUUGUACUGUGAACAAUGCAGUUCAGAAAACUUUGAGCACUGCAUUGAAUGUGGUCUUGUGCGUGUGCUGGGGACCAGAUAGGAAUAGUCAUGGUCCCUUCUGGAGGCCAGUAUGCUGGGGGCCGACAUCUACGAGUGGAGCUAUAGUGCUGGACCCUGCUCCUCGUUCUCCAAGUCUUGCCUGUCUGCCUUUCAUGUAAGAGAGUUCCCCACCAUGGUCCCCACUUCCUUUUCUACUUAAGUGACUGUGAAUUGAAGUUAGGAAAGCUCACCUCCUGUGUACUCUCCUUGUCUCCUGGGAAACACAUGAAGGAUGACAGAUACUGUGAAUUCAGCCCGCAUAGCCACUGUGAAGGUGAUGAAAAAGGCUCAGGCCGCGGAGAACCUGCCCACUAAAGUGUGAGGCCCUUCCUGAAUGCCCAGCCUAGGGAAGCCUUUUCCCAUCAGAGUGGCAAGUAGUGAAUCCAGGCUAGUGCUAGGCUUCUCCAAUGUACCCAGUCAAAGCCCUCGGUCAUUGUCUUCUUGUGGUCCAGGCAGGGUGUGGCAAGCCUGUGUUGCUCUGUAGUGACAGGGUAGGGUGGGACAGCCAUGAUAUGUUGCAGUGCUAGCCAGGAUGUCAUCUGUGUGUACACUUAGAGUCUUCUGUGGCCACAAGGCAGACAUUUAUUUGCUUAUUUUGAAUGUGAUGUAAAAUUUGUACAGUAAAAGUUUUUAUAUUUUCUAUCUAUUGCAUUUGUCUUCCAGAAAUGCUUUAAUUUAAAUUAAAAUGGUUAGUCUUGAUGAAUGUGUUAUAUUGGGUUUUUUGCCACUGCUAAGAAAGAAUGUACCCUGUGGCUGAGAGAGCUAGGCCUAGGGGUCUGGAGUUUGUGAAUAAAGUUUACCAAGGUGUCCUGA